CUUGAAGAAAUAGUUUCUGGUGACUAUCAAGUGAUUGUAAAAGCAACCAAUAACCCAGUAUUAAUUACAGAAAAUAUGUAUGAAAUUCUCUGUCAAGUUCAUAGUCAUAUCAUACAACAUGGUAGUCAAAAACAAACUUGGAAAACUAUAAGAGAUAGAUGGGCUCUUACUUCCAAAAGAGCAAUCGAAGUAGCAGCCUAUUUGUUUGACCUUUUCCAUAUAAUUGGAUUAUCUUCUCUAUUAGUAAAAAUCAUAAAUGGGCAACCUAGACACCCCCAAUCUCAAGGACUUGUAGAAAGAGCAAAUGGGAUAUUAGAACAAAAGCUCAGCAAGUUGAAAGAAGAAACUGAUCACAUCAAUGAUUUGUUUGAAAGGAAUAUUCAUGACGAAGAAGAAAUUCUAGAUACUAUUGAUAUUCAAUGUGAUUCUGACACAAACCUGGAUGAUGAUAUGGAUAAAUCUUUAUCUCAAGAAUUGAAUGAUGCAAAAAGAAAUUCAGAAUAUUUAUACUUGCAAUCAGAUAAUGAUGAUAAUAGUUUGG